AUGGCCGGAAAGGGUGAAGGACCCGCGAUUGGAAUUGAUUUAGGAACCACGUAUUCUUGCGUGGGUGUUUGGCAACACGAUCGGGUUGAGAUCAUAGCGAAUGAUCAGGGUAAUCGAACGACGCCGUCUUAUGUGGCUUUUACUGAUACGGAGCGUCUAAUCGGAGAUGCGGCCAAGAACCAGGUCGCCAUGAAUCCUGUUAACACCGUAUUUGAUGCUAAGAGGCUGAUUGGUAGAAGGUUCAGUGAUCCAUCGGUUCAGAGUGACAUGAAACACUGGCCAUUCAAGGUUAUUGCAGGGCCUGGUGACAAACCUAUGAUUGUUGUCACAUACAAGGGUGAGGAGAAGCAAUUUUCAGCUGAGGAAAUCUCGUCUAUGGUCCUCAUUAAGAUGAAGGAGAUCGCAGAGGCUUAUCUUGGAUCGACAGUUAAGAAUGCUGUUGUGACCGUACCGGCCUAUUUCAACGAUUCUCAACGUCAGGCGACAAAGGAUGCUGGUGUUAUUUCUGGUCUGAAUGUGAUGCGUAUAAUUAACGAGCCUACAGCUGCUGCCAUUGCUUAUGGUCUUGACAAGAAGUCUGGCAGUUCUUCUGAGAAGAAUGUGUUGAUAUUUGAUCUUGGAGGUGGUACUUUUGAUGUUUCUCUUCUCACAAUUGAAGAGGGUAUUUUUGAAGUGAAGGCGACGGCUGGUGAUACACAUCUUGGAGGAGAGGAUUUUGAUAAUCGGAUGGUGAAUCACUUUGUACAGGAGUUCAGGAGGAAACACAAAAAAGACAUUAGUGGCAACCCGAGAGCGCUUAGGAGAUUGAGAACUGCAUGUGAGAGGGCAAAGAGAACGCUCUCGUCAACUGCUCAGACGACUAUUGAGAUUGAUUCUUUGUAUGAGGGUAUUGAUUUCUACACUACUAUCACUCGUGCUAGAUUUGAGGAGCUUAAUAUGGAUUUGUUUAGGAAGUGUAUGGAGCCGGUUGAGAAGUGUUUGAGGGAUGCUAAGAUUGACAAGAGCAGUGUCCAUGAUGUUGUACUUGUUGGUGGCUCUACUCGUAUUCCAAAAGUACAACAGUUAUUGCAAGACUUCUUUAAUGGAAAGGAACUCUGCAAGAGCAUCAAUCCUGAUGAGGCUGUUGCAUAUGGCGCGGCUGUUCAAGCUGCAAUUUUGAGUGGUGAGGGCAAUGAGAAGGUUCAAGAUUUGUUGUUACUGGACGUGACUCCUUUAUCUCUUGGUUUGGAGACUGCAGGAGGUGUCAUGACAGUUCUUAUUCCAAGGAAUACAACAAUCCCAACUAAGAAGGAACAAGUUUUCUCCACUUAUUCGGACAAUCAGCCAGGUGUCUUGAUCCAAGUGUACGAAGGUGAGAGAACACGAACCAGAGAUAACAAUUUGCUCGGGAAAUUUGAGCUUUCGGGAAUUCCACCAGCACCCCGGGGUGUUCCUCAGAUCAAUGUCUGUUUCGAUAUUGAUGCCAAUGGUAUCUUAAAUGUUUCGGCUGAGGACAAGACGACAGGUCAGAAGAAUAAGAUUACCAUUACAAAUGAUAAGGGGAGACUGUCCAAGGAAGAGAUCGAAAAGAUGGUGCAAGAUGCCGAGAAAUACAAGGCUGAGGACGAGGAACUCAAGAAAAAAGUCGAGGCCAAAAAUUCAUUGGAGAAUUACGCCUACAAUAUGAGAAACACUAUCAAGGAUGAGAAGAUUGCCUCCAAGCUUCCUGCUGCUGAUAAAAAGAAAAUUGAGGACGCUGUUGAGUCUGCCAUUCAAUGGUUAGAAGGGAAUCAACUAGCUGAAGUUGAUGAAUUUGAAGACAAGAUGAAAGAAGUGGAGAGCGUUUGCAACCCAAUUAUUGCAAAAAUGUAUCAAGGUGGUGCUGGUGGCCCUGACAUGGCUGGAGGCAUGGAUGAGGACGGCCCUUCUGCUUCUGCUGGUGGCAAUGGUCCAGGCCCUAAGAUCGAGGAAGUUGAUUGA